GCUCGCAGCGCGUUCUGAGAGCAAGCGCGGCUGCCUGGGCAGGGGGCGGGCCCCCGCAGCUCAGGUUCGCGUCGCGCCUGCCCGGUUCCGCAGCCUCUCGGUCGCCAAAGUUCAGGGCCGUUGACUGCGAGUUAACAAGUUUACAAUCCCGGCUAAGCCAGAAGAGCCAACGCAGGAUCUUGCCGACCGAGCACCCGGGUUUCCCGCCGAGAAGGCUGCCCAGUCUCUGCGAGGCCUCAGCCUCACGGUUCUGCGUGCCCGACUCUCGGCGUGCACGCGUUCCCGCGCUUUCUGACGUGAGGGUCAGAGGGCGCGCCGCCGCGCAGGCGCACUGAGCCGAGGCUGCGGCGGCCAUGGGGGAGGCGGGCGGCGCUGAGGAGACCUGCCGGCAUAUGGGAACCAAAGAAGAAUUUGUUAAAGUCAGAAAGAAGGACCUGGAACGACUGACAACUGAAGUGAUGCAAAUACGGGACUUCUUACCCAGAAUACUAAACGGGGAAGUGCUGGAAAGCUUCCAGAAAUUAAAGAUUGUAGAAAAAAAUCUGGAAAGGAAAGAGCAAGAGUUAGAGCAGCUGAGAAUGGAUUGUGAGCACUUCAAAGCCCGCCUGGAGUCUGUGCAAGAGGACAGCGUGAGCGAGAAGAAGGAGAAACUGGCUCUUCGACAGCAGCUGAAUGAAGCAAAGCAGCAGCUCCUGCAGCAGGCAGAGUACUGCACGGGAAUGGGCGCAGCGGCCUGCACCAUUUUGUGGGGCGUCUCCAGCAGUGAGGAGGUGGUCAGAGCCAUCCUGGGAGGAGGUAAAGCUUUGAAGUUUUUCAACAUCACUGGUCAAACAAUGGAGAGUUUUGUGAAGUCACUGGACGGGGAUGUCAAGGAGCUGGAUUCUGAUGAAAAUCAGUUUGUUUUUGCUUUGGCUGGAAUCGUAACAAAUGUAGCUGCCGUAGCAAGUGGUCGUGAAUUCCUGGUUAACUCAAGUCGGGUGCUCUUGGACACCAUACUGCAGCUUCUGGGAGACUUGAAGCCGGGACAGUGCACCAAACUCAAAGUAUUAAUGCUGAUGUCCCUGUACAACGUGAGCAUCAAUUUGAAAGGCUUGAAGUACAUUAGUGAGAGUCCAGGAUUCAUCCCUUUGUUGUGGUGGCUUCUGAGCGACCCGGACACAGAGGUGUGUCUUCACGUGCUGCGCCUCGUCCAGUCUGUGGUGCUGGAGCCAGAAGUCUUCUCCAGGACGGCCUCGGAGAUCCGCAGCUCCCUGCCCCUGCAGCGCAUCCUGGCCAUGGCCAAGAGCCGCAACCCUCACCUGCAGGCCGUGGCCCAGGAGCUCCUGGAGGACCUGCGCACUCUGGAGCGUGAUGCGUAAGGGUGCUCAGCGCCGGCGUCCUCUCCCUGGGUCCCCACUUUGUCUUCUAAAGCCACCAGCCGUGUGCCAUGUGUUACAGAUAGCAAAUGUGAUGCCUAGAGACGGCUGUGUCCUGAGAUGUGCCCACCUGACUUGCUCCUGGAAGUGAACGUGCUUGUGGGUGGUGGGUUAAUUUUGCCGGAGGUGAGCCUGAGAAAGGGUCUGUUCUUCCGUGAAGACCCACAUCAGCUGCAUCCGGAAGAGGGCCUUCUCAGAGUGGCUCCUGCUGCCCAGGAGACCCUGAGACCUGUCGGUUCCCCCUAAAAGCGGAAGGUUGAAUAACCGCCUACCCCGUUGGUCAGCGUUUUCCUGAGAUACCUUUCUUGAAAAACAGUUCAUUCGGCUCUCUAAUAAUUAUAAUUAAUUCCCCCCACCAGUUCAAGUUUACCUUUAAAUCUUUUGGUGAACCUGCUAUUUCAGAUGAUAUUGGACAUUUUAGUUCUAUAUUUUUGUGCCUCUUUUAUUUUUGAGUAAAGAAAGUCAGAAGAAUCAUUGGUGUGCCACAAUUACUGUUUUCUGAAAUAUUAUAAACUUGAUGUUAGGAAGGUGUAUAUUACAGUGCACACGCCCGUGGUUGGUGGAAAAAUCCCUCCUUACAUUGUUCUGCGUCCUUUGGCUAUGAGCUCAGGAGUCCAGUUUUUCCAUAACAGUAUCAUGACAAGGGCCUCAUAGAUUAGAGCACAUGCAGCUGCUUGGAGUUCUUUAAACAAUGUGCACGGGUAUGUGUACCAGGCCCCUCAUCAUGUGUCCUUCUCAACCACAGAGAACAGAGGAGGAUGUGCUCCGUUUCUCACAGGUGUCACAACGUGUGAGUGCGGUUCCCUCUCUGGCACUCCUAGAGGCGUAGCAGCGCAUGCUGUGUCCCUCAGGAUGACGCUGCAGGCCCGUGGUCUCUGGGCAUCCUGUAGGAGCAGAAACACUUGCAGGCGUCCCAUACACAUUCGUAUGCUGUUUCUGCUUGCUGGCAGUUUGGAAUAACUUCAUGUUUCUUUUGUCAGCAAUGUGCAGUGUAUGGCUGAGGCUGAACGAAGGAGCUCACAGGAAGGCACAGUUGCUUGAAUUUCACGAGCCGACAUAUUGUGGAACCUGGCUCAUCAGAACCAGAGAAAUGUUGUAGAAGGCAGUUUAAAAUUCACGGAGGCAGAAAUUGGUCCAUCUGUGCUGUGUGGCUCUGUAGGUCCUGUUGAUUGGCAAAUAAAAUUGAGAAUGUUGUGUUUUUGUUCUUUUCUAGCAUAGUAUCAUUUUCAUUUUGGUUAUUUGUUUGAUAAGGUAACAGGAGAUAAACUAGUAUAAUUAGUUGUGCUGCCUCUAGAAAUGCAGGGUCUUUUUCCUGCCAAAGAUGGGAUCAGCGGCUUAUAGAGAAAAAUGAAACCGGGCCAAACCCAUGAAUGUUGCACAGUUCAGGUAAUUAGUAGAUGGAUGUGAUUAAGAAGGAUACGUUUUUCCUCCUCCUAAUUUUAAAGUGCUAAGGAUAGCAAGAGUUCUUAUGAAAACUCCUUAAGCAAGAAACAUGUCAUAUACAUGGAAUCUAAAAGAAAUGGUUCUGAAGAAGCUAGGGGCAGGACAGGAACAAAGAUGCAGAUGUAGAAAAUGGACUCGAGGA